AAAACUGCAAGAACAACACUCAAAGCGAAAAAAUAAAUCUACAAGAAAAAAAAAAUAGAGAGAGAGAGAGAGAAAAUACCUGUUUGUUUGUCUCUGCAGAAAUGGCUAUAUGUACAGCACACUCAACGGAUCUUUCCCUUUUAUUAUCUUCCUUCUCAACUUUCUCUUCACUUUCUUCAACUUUUCUCUCUGUUUUUCACAAAAAUUCAAGGUGUGUUCAUAUUUAGAAAUCAUACUCUUUUCUAUUUCUUUUUUGGGUUAAUUCUUUGUUUGUUUUUGUUUUUUUUUUCUUUUCUUUUUUUCUUUUUUUUGUUUGGUGGAGAUUUUCCCAUUUUCAUGGAGAACUUCCCAAAUUCCUUCUGGGUUUCUCGGGAUAAGAGAGAAAGGAAGUAAGAUUUAGAAGGAAAAGAAAAAAGAAAGAGGAAUUUUGGUUUUUGGGGGUUUUUGUUUUGGGUUUUUUCAUGGUUUAGGGUUUAGGGGUUUUGUUCAUCUUAUCAAUUCCUUCAAAAAUAUUCCAAGUUUUUUUUUUUUUAAUGGAAUUGGGUUUUUCUCAGUAACCAAACAGAGUUUAGAGGUUUUCUUGUUCUUGUUGUUGGUUGGAAUUCAAUGUCUUCUCCAUGUAUAAGUGGUGGUGGGAGGGCUUACAAUUUCGAUUUAGAGAUUGUGAAAUCUCCAUCUUCUUCAUGGACAAGAACUUCACAAACUUCAUCGCCAUCUUCAACUUUAUCAGAGUCAAGCAACAAUACAACACAGUUAGCAAUUUCAACUCGAAAAUUAAGAACACCACGAAAACGCCCAAAUCAAACCUACAACGAAGCUACAGUUUUGCUUUCAACGGCCUACCCGAAUGUUUUUUCAACCAAACAUCUUACCAAUCCGCGAAAAUUCACCAAAUCUCACGAUGAUUCUUCUUCUCUCUUCUGUGAAUCUGCUGAAUUGCUUUUGCCUUUUCGAGUAAUCGAUAGUUCUGGAUUUCUCCUUCACCAACCGCUGCUUGAAGAAAAGCCUAAUUCCCAAAUUCAUUCCAAAUUGACCAAUCUUUGGGAAAAUCGACCGUGUUCUAGUCCUGGAGAGAUCGAUUUCCAACCGAAUUCCAUGGAGAUUGAAGAGAUUGAAGAUUUCGAUGCGGAAUCGAUUCUUGACGAGGAAAUCGAAGAAGGAAUCGAUAGUAUUAUGGGGAAUCUGAGUGUGGAUAACCUAGAAAAUGGUAAUUCAACGCAAGAUUCUUGUGUGAAUGCGAAUAAUCAUCAACGGAAUUGGAAUUGGAAUCCAAUCGGUUUAGGAUUCAACCAGAAAUUCGAAUCUGGCUUCGGAUUCCGUAAGGGAAUCGAACGAACAGCAAUUCGAGGAGUCGAUAAUGGAAACUGGUGGCGAUUUCCGACUGUCGAUGUAAUCGAAAUCUCUCCAAAACUAAAUCCAAAACCACCAGCUCCGGCUCCGGCACCGACUCCAACUCCAACACCGGCGGCCGUCUCGACGAAGAAGAAGAAAAAGAAAGUGGAGAAGCUUACAGUGAUUGAAUCAAAGAAAGCCGCAAUUCCAUUACAAAAGGAGAAAUCAGAGAAAUCAGAGAAGCCAAUCCCGAAAUUGAAACCUGCUGGAUUACUUCUGAAAUUGAACUACGAAGCCGUGGCCGACGCUUGGUCUAGCAGGGGAUCUCCAUUUUCCGAUGAGAUUCCAAGUUCCGAUACGGCGGGAAGUGAUGUAAAUGCAAGGCUGGCGAAUAUAGAUUUAUUUACGGAGGGUGGAGGAUUAUUGAGAGAAGCCAGCGUGUUACGGUACAAAGAGAAGAGGCGGACUCGGUUGUUCUCGAAGAAGAUAAGAUAUCAAGUUAGGAAAGUCAAUGCAGAUGGACGGCCCAGAAUGAAGGUAUGGGCGUUUUGUGAGGAGACCUAAUUCAAGCGGCCAUAGAAAAGAGAUUGACACUUCCCUUUAGGAUUCCAUUUUUGAGUUAUCGGCUUCACUUUUUCUAGACCCACCUUUUUCUUUUUCACAAUUAAUUAUUAUCAUCUUCUUUUCUUUUCUUUUUUCAUUUUUACUUUGCAUUAUAUUUUCCAUGAUUAGUUUUUUUUUUUUUUUGCCUUUUUCCAAUUCCAGAAAGCUCAAUGAGAGAAUGGCCACUAAGUAGAUGGUCAGAGAUUCAAUAAAUCUAGGCUUUUUCUUUUUUCUUUUUAAAUAUAUGUAUCUUUCCUUUUUGGAGUUUUGUUUUAUAGUGUCUGAGAAGAGGCUCAUAUAUGUUUUAAUUUGAAUUUCUUCCUUUGGUGUAA